GUGGGUAGCUGUGGGGCAAUUGAAAAAGAGCCGGCGAGGAGUUCCCCAAAACUUGUCGGAACUCCCGGCUAGCACAAGGGCAGGAGAGGAGCGGCGGGCGAUGGGAAUGCGGGCGGGACGGUGAACGCUCUCCCUGUUCUGGCUGCGAGGUCGCGGAUAGAGGCCACGACGGGAGUCGCCAGCCGCGGGACCCAGGGCCACCGGUGCAGUCCCAAGAGCGAGGGCGACUACUAGACGGAGAGACCGUCAGUUCCAGGUGGCUUUAGACCGCACGCCGCGUCCGCGCUUCUCCCCGCAGGCAACAGGAGACCCCCCUGCGCAGCGCGAGCGCCGAAGCCCGGUCGUUCGCUUUCCCCUUGAGGGACAAACUUUCCCCUAACCGAUUCAAACCCUUGGACCAAACUUGUCGCGCGUCGCCUUCGCCAGCAGCAGUACGCGUACAGCGCUCACUUCACCGGAGAGAUGUCCGAGCGCAAAGAAGGCAGAGGCAAGGGGAAGGGCAAGAAGAAGGACCGGGGCUCUAGCAAGAAACCCGCGCCCGCGGAGGGCGACCGGAGCCCAGCCUUGCCUCCCCGACUGAAAGAGAUGAAAAGCCAGGAGUCAGUUGCAGGCUCCAAGUUAGUGCUUCGUUGUGAAACCAGUUCAGAAUACUCCUCUCUAAAGUUCAAAUGGUUCAAGAAUGGGAAUGAGUUAAACCGAAAAAACAAACCACAAAACAUCAAGAUACAAAAAAAGCCAGGGAAGUCAGAACUUCGAAUUAACAAAGCAUCACUGGCUGAUUCUGGAGAAUAUAUGUGCAAAGUGAUCAGCAAAUUAGGAAAUGACAGUGCCUCUGCCAAUAUCACCAUUGUUGACUCAAAUGAGAUCAUCACUGGCAUGCCAGCCUCAACUGAAAGAACAUAUGUGUCUUCAGAGUCUCCCAUUAGAAUAUCAGUAUCAACAGAAGGAGCAAAUACUUCUUCAUCCACGUCUACAUCUACUACCGGGACCAGCCAUCUUGUCAAGUGUGCAGAGAAGGAGAAAACUUUUUGUGUGAAUGGAGGCGAGUGCUUCAUGGUGAAAGACCUUUCGAAUCCCUCAAGAUACUUGUGCAAGUGCCCAAAUGAGUUUACUGGUGAUCGCUGCCAAAACUACGUAAUGGCCAGCUUCUACAAGCAUCUUGGGAUUGAAUUUAUGGAAGCGGAGGAGCUCUACCAGAAGAGAGUGCUGACCAUAAGCGGCAUCUGCAUCGCCCUGCUGGUGGUCGGCAUCAUGUGUGUGGUGGCCUACUGCAAAACCAAGAAACAGCGGAAAAAGCUUCAUGACCGGCUUCGACAGAGUCUUCGUUCUGAAAGGAACAACAUGGUGAACAUAGCCAAUGGGCCUCACCAUCCUAAUCCACCCCCGGAGAAUGUGCAGCUGGUGAAUCAAUACGUAUCUAAAAACGUCAUAUCUAGCGAGCAUAUUGUUGAGAGAGAAGCUGAGACAUCUUUUUCCACUAGUCAUUAUACCUCAACGGCUCAUCACUCCACAACUGUCACCCAGACUCCUAGCCACAGCUGGAGCAACGGACACACAGAAAGCAUCAUGUCGGAAAGCCAUUCUGUAAUCAUGACGUCAUCAGUAGAAAACAGUAGGCACAGCAGCCCAACUGGGGGCCCAAGAGGACGUCUUAAUGGCAUAGGAGGCCCUCGCGAGUGUAACAGCUUCCUCAGGCAUGCCAGAGAAACCCCUGACUCCUACCGAGACUCUCCUCAUAGCGAAAGGUAUGUAUCAGCCAUGACCACUCCGGCUCGUAUGUCACCUGUAGAUUUCCACACGCCAAGCUCCCCCAAAUCGCCCCCUUCGGAAAUGUCACCACCCGCAUCCAGCAUGACGGUGUCCCUGCCCUCCAUGGCAGUCAGCCCCUUCAUGGAAGAAGAGAGACCUCUGCUUCUUGUGACUCCACCCAGGCUGCGGGAGAAGAAGUAUGAACACCACGCUCAGCAAUUCAACACCUUUCAUCACAACCCUGCGCAUGAGAGUAACAGCCUCCCCCCAAGCCCCUUGAGGAUAGUGGAGGAUGAGGAGUAUGAAACGACCCAGGAGUAUGAGCCAGCUCAAGAGCCUGUUAAGAAACUCGCCAAUAGCCGGCGGGCCAAAAGAACCAAGCCCAAUGGCCACAUUGCCAACAGGUUGGAAAUGGACAGCAACACAAGCUCUGAGAACAGUAACUCAGAGAGUGAAACAGAAGAUGAAAGAGUAGGUGAAGAUACACCUUUCCUGGGCAUACAGAACCCCCUGGCAGCCAGUCUUGAGGCAGCACCUGCCUUCCGCCUGGCUGACAGUAGGACUAACCCAGCAGGCCGCUUCUCGACGCAGGAAGAAUUACAGGCCAGGCUGUCUAGUGUAAUUGCUAACCAAGACCCUAUUGCUGUAUAAAACCUAAAUAUACACAUAGAUUCACCUGUAAAACUUUAUUUUAUAUAAUAAAGUAUUCCACCUUAAAUUAAACAAUUUAUUUUAUUUUAGCAGUUCUGCAAAUAGAAAACAGGAAAAAAAACUUUUAUAAAUUAAAUAUAUGUAUGUAAAAAUGUGUUAUGUGCCAUAUGUAGCAAUUUUUUACAGUAUUUCAAAAUGAGAAAGAUAUCAAUGGUGCCUUUAUGUUAUGUUAUGUCGAGAGCAAGUUUUGUACAGUUACAGUGAUUGCUUUUCCACAGUAUUUCAGCAAAACCCUCCCACAUAUUCAGUUUUUGCUGGCUUCUUGUGCAUUGCAUUAUGAUGUUGACUGGAUGUAUGAUUUUCAAGACUUGCAACUGUCCCUCUGUUUGCUUGUAGUAGCACCCAAACAGUAUGUCUUGUAAUGGCACAUCCAUUCAAAUACUCUUCUCUUUUGUAUGAAGUUUUCUUUGCUUUCAGAAUAUGAAAUGAGUUCUGUCUACUCUGUCAGCCAAAGGUUUGCUUCAUUGGGCUCUGAGAUAAUAGUAGAUCCAACAGCAUGCUACUAUUAAAUACAGCAGGAAACUGCAUUAAGUAAUGUUAAAUAUUAGGAAGAAAGUAAUACUGUGAUUUUUUAAAAAAACUAUAUUAUUAUUCAGAAGACAGCUUGCUCUUGCUAAAAGGAGCUGCCAUUUCCUUUAUUUUAACUUAUUUUUCUGGACAAAAAGCAAGAGUUUUAGGCAUAGCUUAGAAAAUGGGUUCUGGCUUGCUAUCAGGAUAAAUAUAACACCUUAGAAGAGGACUUUGUUUUACUUUCUCUCUGGGGGAAUGUUCCAGCGCUCAUCUAUUUGAGCAACAAAUCACAACCAAUAAAGGUGCAAUCAUUUCUGACUUGUAUUUUUUCACUGAUUUGGGAGCUACUGCAUGGCUGUGUCAUGGUACAAAAAGCCCAGCCCAAACAGCAUACUCAGCAGUGUGUCUGACAUGCUUCUAGAGUGAAACGUGCCUCUGUAAAAUGCAGGCUUGUCAUCAUAGGAAAAAAUGUUUCCAUCAUAGUGUUUGGAAGGAAUUAAUGUAUAGAAGACCCAAGUGGAGCAGCCAUGUGACUUGGUUGACAUUUUAAAUUUGGUUGACCACUUCUUUCUCCCAUUCUGUUUCUCUUGUUUUUCAAUGCCGCCUUGAUUAGAUCAUAACUAUGCAUGAACAUAUUUUUUUUUUGGUCAGGAAUGGCCAAUGUGCAUGUUUUGUGAUUAGUAAGACUCUUCCACAAAUGCUGACUCAUCAGGAAGUGUCAUUAGUGUUGAAAAGAUUGCACCUUUAUUUGAAGAAGUGAUCCCCCACUGUGUACUGACCUCUCUAUUUACAUUCUGUGCCACCCGUUUCCCCCUCUUAAUUUUUGCUUUGCUGUCACAAAAGCAGGACUAAGGUUGUUCUAAACCUUGCAUGUUCUCUCGUGAUUGUAAAUCCAAUGAAAGCCUAUAGGUAUUAACAUUUGAAAUAACUGUUAAUUCAGGAAAUAAGAAAAAAAAAUUUUUUUAAAUGCGGAACCCACUGUAUGCCCUGCCUGGUAUCUGUCAAAUCAGGGCUGGAGUUUUACUUAGGUUCCAAGUGGCCUCCUAGGAGUCAUGGGAAAAAAUGGGAAAUAGUUUACCAGGGGGUUCACAAAGUCCAUGACAGUACUCAACUUCUUCUUUGCAGAUGUACUGAAUCUUCUUCUUUAUGUAUGUUACAAAUAAAGGGAAGAAAUGACAUGCAAGUAGGUCUUAGAAGAAAAAUGUAGGCUAGGCAUGAGUCAGUGUCCUUAGACUCCUAUGUGUUUCUACAAUCCACAGAGGUGCUUGUCUGCAGGUCCUUGAAGUUAGUCUUAGUAUUUGGUAUUCAAAUUUUCCUGCCAUUGUUCACAUGCCACUUUCUCUGUGCUCAACAUUGUGCCCAUUUGCUUUUUAACCUACAUGGGAGAGCCCCUGUUAGGUCAUACUCAUUUCCCAGUUUUCUCAAAUGAGUUAGAUCAUGGCACGGCACGGUGAUAAAGUCAGUUUCAAGAGGUUGUCUAAACUCUUUUAACAUUGCCUUUGAAGGCUUUGACUCACUUCUCAACACUUCAAUAAAGAAAUUCCUACUGUUAUUUAGAAACCUUACAUAUUCUGUUUCCAAUUUUUUGGGCAUUAGGGAGUUCAGAUGUCCCAUUGUGAAAAAUUUCAAGAACAAAUAGAAUCUUCCGAUGAGAACAAUGAAUAACACAUUUCUUCAGUUUGAGAAUUUCUACAAAUUUUGAAACUGUAAAUAUACAUGAAAUUUUAUUUCCAAUCUGAUUUUGUUACUUAUAGAGAUGGCUCAUGUGAGGUGAGGCCACCUUUGCUCCAGGGAAGAAGAGUAUUCCAUAAUAAGAGAGGCCAGUUGACCGCUCAGGGCUACCUGCUACAGCCACCCAAUUUAUGUUCACAGGAACAUUUCUGAUACUUCAGUGCCACAUCACUCUCAACCAUCCCUAUUUAUAAAUUUAGGCAGUUCAGUGGCAGUCCAGAGGAGUGUAAACCUAUAUUCCCAGAAUGUGGAAAGCUGUCUUGGGUUUAAAGUAGUGGAAAUGGCCCAGAAGUUUGACAUUAACUUUCUUUCCUGGGUCUGGAAUCAUAUCCCACCAAGGGGUAUGCAGAGGAAUAUAGUAUAUACAAAACUCCUUUUUUUUUUUCACUCAAGAUUCAUUUUCUGUACUGUUUUCUCUUCUUUCCCCUCCCUUCCUCCCCCCUUCCUCUCUCACUCCCCCUCCCUCUCCCGCUCCCUCACCUCUCCCCUGCUCUUUUUUUUCUCCCAAAGAAUACCUGGUAGACAGCCUUCUGCUUUCUACAAAAUGGUACUCUAUGUGGGUGACUGUGUCCCAAACAGCAAUAUGCCAUCUCUUCCUUUUUUCAGUGUGACUAUCUUGAUGGAGGUGGAAUUGAUCCUGGGUAAUUUGCUUAGUAGCAAUUUCUUUCUUUCUUUCCUUUUUUUUUCUUUUUCUUUUCUUUCUUUUUUUUUUUUUUUUUUUUUUGGUCUGAGGUUGAAAGGUAUAUGGCUCACAUUGGUGAAAAUUAGGAAGGCAUGGUCUUAUCUUUUAGUACUGGCUGCAUUCCAAAAGCCACAGAGUUUUCUAUCCACAAAGAUCCAUGAAACAUUGCAGAGAAUUGCAGACAAAAAGGAAAUGGUCACAUAUCACAAUUUCUAUUAUAUGUUCACAUGUAAAUACAUAUGUACAUUACUUGGAUGUUUUAUUAAAUCAUUUAUUGUCUUUAUGAGUUAAUGUCAGUUUUUACUCUCUCAACUUACUGUGUAACAUUGUAAAUAACAUAAUGUCCUUUAUUAUUUAUAUUUAAGCAUCUAACAUAGAGAAUUGUUUUCAUAUAAGUCUAAGAUAAAUGUCAAUAUAUAUGUUUUUUUCUUGUUUUUCUUUGCUUUAAAAUUAUGUACUUUUUCCUUUUUUAAAAAAGAAUAAUUUAUUGUUCAGGAGAAAGAAUGUAUAUGUAAUUGAAAAUAUUUGAAGAAUGCACAUUUGAAGGCCGUGAGGUACUGAUAAACUAAAGAAUUUAUUAUCCAAAAUACUAAGCAAUAAGUAAUUGUGAUUUAUUUAAAGUUUUGUUCAUUUCCCAAGAAAGUCAUACUGCAAUAAAAAUAUGCUACUCUGUGGA